CUCAUAGGCCGCUCCUCGAGGAAGACUCAAGUCGUGGAGGGACAGAGAGGGUUUCCGAGGCGAUUGUAGCGAUGGCGGAGCUUGGGGAGGAGACGCUGAUCGAGCAGAUAAACGAAAAGAUCCACGGCGACGGUGACUCGUCGUCGUCGGAUUCUGAUGACGAGAAGUCGAAGGCGUCGGUGGUCGCGGAGGCCGUCAAGUCCAAGAUCUACCACCUCUUCGGCCGGGAGAAGCCCGUCCACCAGAUCUUGGGCGGAGGAAAGCCUGCUGAUGUUUUCCUGUGGAAGAACAAGAAAGCCUCUGCUGUUGUGCUCGGUGGGGCCACGGCUAUCUGGAUCUUGUUCGAACUAAUGGAGUACCAUUUGCUUACUUUGGUCUGUCAUUGUCUUAUACUGUCCCUUGCUAUACUUUUCCUCUGGUCCAAUGCUACUACCUUGAUAAACAAGUCUCCGCCUCACAUUCCUGUGGUGAGCAUUCCUGAAGAUCUGGCUGUGAACAUAUCGCGUUCUCUCACAUAUGAGAUCAACAGGGGUUUUUCUGUUUUGAGGGAAAUUGCGGCAGGACGUGACCUGAAGAAGUUCCUUGCUGUGAUUGCUGGGCUGUGGAUUCUUUCAAUCAUUGGAAGCUGCUGCAACUUCUUGACUUUGUUUUAUAUUGCUUUUGUGACACUGCACACCCUGCCUUUCUUAUAUGAUAAGUAUGAAGACCGAGUUGACACGUUUGCGGAGAAAGCAACAGUGGAGUUCAAGAAGCACUAUGCAGUUUUUCAUGCCAAAUGUCUGAGCAAGAUACCUAGGGGGCCAUUGAAAGACAAAAAGUUCCGAUGAGAAAAAUGUUCUAGGGUGGUUGCUGGGAGCGGCCUCAGGUUUUUAUGACGUGGUUUGUAUUUAUGUUGGCAUUGUUGCACCAGGCAUGAGCAUUGGAUUGUAUUUCAUUCUAUAGAUUGUAUAUUAUGGCUCUAUACAUGUAAUGUUUAGGAUCAUAUGGGUGUGUUGGUAUCAGGUUUUUAUGGGGUUUGUUAGUCA